AGCACCGCGAGUGACAACUCGAGAGGUGGACAGCUACAGCGCUUAUCACCGUCUUUUUCCGUAUGUAAUAAUAGUCAUUUAAGGAAACAUGGUCCGAGAAUAAUUACCGGUGUCAGAACAAUCACCUUGGAUUGAUAAUGCGCAGUGGUAUAAGGUUUACGAAGAAACUAUAGAGCUUUAAAUAUUGAGUUUACAGCCUUCUACAUGUUACAACUGGUAAAAACUAGGGAGGAUGAAACGAAUCUCUAUACCAACUAUACGGCAUAACCGAUGUUACAACUGGUAAAAACUAGAGACGAUGAAACGAAUCUCUAUACCAACUAUACGGCAUAACCGAUGUUACAACUGGUAAAAACUAGAGAAGAUGAAACGAAUCUCUAUACCAACUAUACGGCAUAACCGAUGUUACAACUGGUAAAAACUAGAGAGGAUGAAACGAAUCUCUAUACCAACUAUACGGCAUAACCGAUGUUACAACUGGUAAAAACUAGAGAGGAUGAAACGAAUCUCUAUACCAACUAUACGGCAUAACCGAUGUUACAACUGGUAAAAACUAGAGAGGAUGAAACGAAUCUCUAUACCAACUAUACGGCAUAACCGCGAAACAGGCAAGACUGUGAAAUACACUCCUUGUUCUAAACAUGAUUUAAACCUGGGAGAUGAUCUGGACGAAAUAGCUGUUAUAAGCAACGCUGCGCCAGAAAACGUCAAGUAUGGUACCGGAUCUCUGACCGCCAACGGGCCACGAGUGGUGCCGGGAAUUAUAACGUCUACCGGGAUGGAACACUCUCGUCUCGUUAAUGAGAAAAGAAGUUCGAGUAGCACUCGUCUCCCGAUAUCAUCACCUCUCUACACCACAAAAUCAUUUGAAAAUUUAAAAUCAAAAUCUGCUUCAAGGCAAAGCCUGCUGGAAACAGCGAGCAGCAAACUGCACGGUAGAGACCAUAAGCAGCGAUCACGAGAAUCUAUAACCUUUAGCCACAAAACACACAUGGGGUCAGAAUUGGAGAUUUCUCGAAAAGUAAGAGAGCAUCGACGGAAAGAAAUCAAGCGAGAAUUUGAAAAAUGGGAAACGUCUACUUCAAGUAGCGAAAAGGAUGGCUGUAACUGGACGUUUGUUUUUGAUCCAUCAGGCAGUUUGUCCUAUUAUUGGUCAAUGAUUGUAAGUGUUGCUUUUCUCUAUAAUUUCUGGGUAGUGAUCUUUCGGUUUGCCUUUAAUGAAAUAAAAGCGAAUACCAUUGUGGCCUGGUUAACUUUAGAUUAUUUUGCAGACAUUCUGUAUGCUUUAGACAUUGUUUUUCAUUUUCGUACCGGAUAUCUGGAAGAAGGAGUGCUACAGACCGACACAAUUAAGCUUCGCCAUCAUUAUAUGAAUUCAACUCUAUUUUAUAUUGAUUGUUUAUGUCUCUUGCCUAUCGAUUUCCUUUAUCUUUCCAUUGGAUUUAACUCAAUUCUUCGCUGUCUUCGACUGGUAAAAAUUUAUAGGUUUUGGACAUUUUUGGAUCGAACUGAGCGACAUACAAACUACCCAAAUGUCUUUCGUACGGUGAUUCUGACUCAUUAUGUUCUCGUAAUCUUCCACUGGAACGCCUGUCUAUUUCAUAUAAUAUCAGUAAAUGGAGGAUUCGGUACACGCAGCUGGUUUAACCCUCGCGAUGAAACCUGCAAUGAUGUAGUAUGUGAAUACCUUCGUUCUUUUUAUUGGAGUACCUUAGCACUGACCACCAUUGGAGAUCUGCCAAGUCCCCGAACUAAAGGAGAAUACCUCUUCCUCGUCGUUGAGCUAGUCUUUGGGCUGUUCCUCUUUGCUGCUGUGUUGGGCCAUGUGGCUAACAUUGUCACCAACGUGAGCACAGCAAGGAAAGAAUUUCAAUUGUAUAUAUACAUACACACAUUCUAACAUUCCUCCAGGUUGUUAUAUCGUCUUUAAAGAAUUAUUGGUUGCGUUUUGUUGUUGUUGUAAUUAUUUAUCAUAAGUGCACAUUGGUCUUUCUUAUAAAAACUCAUUAUUCAUUAGCCUGUUAUUAUUUCAUUAGUGCAUCAACAUUGCAAGUAUAACAUGAUUGUGACAAA